GCAUAACGGAAGUCUGUCACGGAUGGCCACCUAGCGUCAGCAGCGUGCUUCACAAUGGAACAUAUUAAGCCUCCAAUUGCCGGUAUUUAUAUUCUUAGAGCGUCCUCAGCUAUUUUUUUGCAGUUAAGUCCGCACUGACAGAGAAAGCCGACCGACUUUUUUUUUACUGAACGGGUCAUCACAAAACAUUGAGGCCAUCGGUGGACGAAGUCUAACCAUUGAGCAGACGCAAACAAGCGAAUGCUCUCUGAUGUGAUUCGUCAUCUGCUGCUCAGCCUUGCCUAGUUGGAUUUGUAGCCUAAGGAUUUAUCUCGUGUGGGAUAUUGCCAUUAGAGCAAAGGUGACAACGCACACAAAAGACGCAAUCUUAUCGACAGGCAUCCCUUCCUCAGCACGUGGCUGUGAGCCUCUCUCUCCAAUAUCAUCCUCACCCAACUAACCGCUUCGCCCCGUGGGGUUUAACCGAGCCGAAAGCCCCAUUACCCCACUUCAACCAGACCAGUCACCUGAAGAAGAGGUAGAGGAAGAAGAGGAGGAACAGGAGGAGGAAGAGGAAGAGGGGCUGCUGUGUGUGGUGGCGAAGGGUUGUCAAGAGGCCAAGCGAGUGUGUGCACGUGCACGGGCCAGAGAGCGCCCUGGGGCCGGCGCGAUGGGCAUCCUGGGCCCCCACAGUUGCGUGGGCCAGGCCAGUUGUCACAGCAAUUCCUCCAAGGAGUACUGCUACUCAGCGCGCAUCCGGAGCACUGUACUACAGGGGCUGCCCUUCGGAGGCGUGCCCACUGUCCUUGCCCUCGACUUCAUGUGCUUCCUGGUGCUCCUGUUUGUGUUCUCCAUCCUGCGGAAGGUGGCCUGGGACUACGGCCGGCUGGCACUGGUGACUGAUGCCGACAGGUAAGGACACCUCUGCUUAUUUUAGCCCCUUUUGCGUCUCUACGGUCCACGGAACACAGCGGCACAAAUCGAGUGUACAGUGUUGAA